CUUGACCGCGUGUGAAAUCGUUCCCUGAGGAAACGACUCUAUAAAUACUUCCUCCCUUAGAAUUCUACUCACAACAUCUUCACUUCCUUCCUCAGAUUUUUACUCACAACAUCUUCACUUUCUCUGCAUCUUUCACUCAUACAUUCAACUUCUUCACUUUCUUUUAUUAUGGAACUAUCUACAAAUCACCGAGCUGAAAUCAAAUACAUUCAAACAUUUUCUCCCUUAAAGGAUAAAAUCAAAUGUCAAGGUCAUGUAACCAAAAAACCAAAUGAUUCCAUAUUACCAUAUUUACAUGCGGCUGGCUUUGGUGAAGUGGUAAAACUCGGAAAUUAUAAGAUAGAUGUCGGUCUCAUCACUGCUAUGGUUGAGAGAUGGAGACCUGAAACUCACACAUUUCAUCUUCCAAUAGGUGAGUGCACAAUAACUUUGGAAGAUGUUUAUUACAUUUUAGGAUUAAACGUUUCCGGUUUACCUGUUAGUGGUUCCAAUUUUGUGCAAGUAAAACCAAUCUGUCAAGAUUACUUAGGAGUUAUCCCACCCGAUGGAGCAACAAAAGGUAAUUCUAUUAAAUUAAAGUGGCUUAAGGAUACAUUUGACGAUGUUGGUGAAAAUGCAUCUGAAUUAGAAAAACAAGCAUCAUGUCGAGCAUACAUCCUACGUAUGAUCGGAGGGUUAUUGAUGCCUGACAAAUCCAACAACCGUGUACAUCUAAAAUAUCUUUCACUAUUAGGAGAUUUAAACAAAGUAUCCCAAUAUAGUUGGGGUUCAGCUGUUUUAGCUACACUUUAUAGAGAAUUAUGCCUUGCAACGAAACCUGGUGUAAUAUCUAUGGGAGGAUGCGCAUUAUUGUUGCAAAACUGGGCAUGGUAUCGUUUGUCUUGUGUCGCUCCUGAAUCUCCCAAACCAUGGAUAUUUCCACUUGCACAGAGGUAACUAUAUUAUUUUUAUAUUUUUUUU